UUUCUCCCCCUCCGUUGCUGCGGGAAGCAGCGAGGGAGCUGCAAAAAGUCAGUCAGUCAGAGGAAGGCGGUCAAGCGCCUGGCCCCUCCUGCCUUCUUCGUCGGGCGCUCUGGGAAACUUUUGGCGACUUCUGCCUUCCUGCAAGGCUUCUUCUUUCCCCCGCCCUUCUGACUUCACUGGCCGGGGCGGGGGGCGCCAAACCUGUGGCUCACGUUUCUCCCCGCUACUUUUGUUUUAGUUUACCAAGGGAGGCGAAGGCCCUUUUGGCAAGAGGGGUGGAGAUAUUGACUGGACUGGGAAGUCUUGGGUCAUCCCUGGGGUGGUAGGAGGGUUUCAGCCUUUUAGGAACGUCACGUCAGAACGCAGCCCGGCCCUGCGCGCGUGUUUACUUGCGAGUCGACGGGACUCGCCCCCUAGUAAGCGUGCAUUAUUAGGAGGAGCGCGGGACAGGGCGGACUUUGCGCUGCAAAUCCUAUAUGCGUGUCUGUUCAGCAGGGAGCCCCAUUGAGUUCACAUGAACUUGCCCUCAGGUAAGUGUGUCUAAGGGUUGCACUGCUGUUCUGUCAGCCGGUGCCUCCGGGGAUGAAAGUGGACCGAAAGGAAGUCUCACCCAGACCAUUUCAGGAGACAUUAAUCGGUGAGUCAGGGAUUGUUAGCUGGAUGGGUAGAUUCAGAAGUCAGGCGUGGUAGUAGUGAUGGCUACUAGACUCUCACAAUCUUUACUAUGUGGCUACAGUCUUGGCUAGGUGGUGUAAGAAUAGACCAGGAGGUCUAUAAGAAUGAGAAUAAUCCAGUGCUUGGUUUUACGAAAAACAUAAUACAAUCACUCUUGCAAGGGGAGUAGGGUUGUCAUCAUCUACGUGCUGAUUUAAAAAUUAAAAAAAUAUUUCCCUGUUGAAUAUCUAGAAGAUGCAGAGCCCCGAAGACUGUACUUUAAAAAACCCUGGCCAUGUUGCGAACCUAAAGAGCUGGCUUGCUGAAGCAGCCGGACAAUCUUGGAACAGUUCUUGGCUAACUGGGAUGGGAGAAGGGAGGUCAGUCUGUAGCUAUAGGGCUGGCACAGAGCUUUAAAGCUGCAGUUGCGGGUCUUGGCAUAAAUACGGAGGUUGGGUGAAUGCCUGGCAUCCUGGUGUGGCCUUUGAGUAAGGCAGUUACUUCCAUCAAGAAGAUACAGGGUUGAGGAAGGAGCUAUGGGGACUGCUUCAUCGUUGGUGAACCCAAUCGGCACAGUUGGGGAGGUGAUUGAAGACACGUAUGAGGGAGGUGGUGGUGAAGCUUGCGAGAUCCCCGUGGAGGUGAAGCCCAAAGCCCGCCUGCUGCGCAGCUCCUUCCGCCGUGUAGGGACGUCGCGGCCUGGAGGCCUCAUCGGAGCCAGCUUCAAGUCCACAGCGUCCGUACAGGAGUUGGAAUGCAUGGCAGAGUACGAGCGCCUGAAAAAGGAAUACGAGAUCUUCCGCAUCAGCAAGAACAACGAGGUGGCCUCUAUGAUGAAAAAGGAGAACAAGCUGGAUAAGGAGAACAAGCGGCUUCGGGCAGAGCUGCAGGCACUUCAGAAAACCUAUCAAAAGAUUCUCCGGGAGAAAGAAAGUGCUCUAGAGGCCAAAUAUCAAGCCAUGGAGAGAGCAGCUACAUUCGAACAUGACCGGGACAAAGUCAAGAGGCAGUUCAAGAUUUUUAGAGAAACCAAGGAAAAUGAAAUUCAGGAUUUACUGAGGGCUAAGCGGGAUCUGGAGGCAAAACUGCAGAGGCUGCAGGCUCAAGGCAUCCAAGUGUUUGAUCCUGAGGAGUCGGAUUCAGAUGACAGCUGCACUGAGGUUACCGCCACUGGAGCUCAGACGGAGUAUUGGACUGGUGGAGCUUUGGGAAGCGAGCCUUCCAUGGGCAGCAUGAUACAGCUUCAGCAGUCCUUCCGAGGCCCUGAGUUUGCACAUAGCUCCAUAGAUGUGGAAGGGCCAUUUGCAAAUGUCAACAGAGAUGACUGGGAUGCAGCUGUUGCCAGUUUAUUGCAGGUCACUCCCUUGUUUUCCCACUCUUUGUGGAGCAAUACAGUAAGGGUGUAUCUUAUCAGUACAGAAGAGACUCAGCAAGAAGUAGACAUCUUCAUACAGAAAUACUCUCCCAAACUUCGGAAAUAUUGUGAAACAAUGGAAUACUUCUUCCAAGCUGUCCAUUUUCCGGUAGAAACUGAAAGUGCUUUCCAGGCUGUGAGAAAAUGGGAAAUUGAGAAAAGCUCUUUAGCCAUUUUGUUCCUGCAUCUAAAUUUGCCAAGCUGCCUGCUGGAUGAGUGCGAAGAAGCCUUCUUGAAAAACCCUGAAGGGAAGCCCCGGCUUAUUUGCCACCGACUGGAAGAUGGACAAGUCAGUUCAGAUUCUGUGCAGCGAUUAGUUGAGCAAGUUCGUUAUGUGAACAAGACAAAGAUCAUCAGCCAUAUGGGAGGAGAAGAGGAAGGAGCCCGUGAAGUCUAUAAUUAUGUGGAAAAGACCAUAAAACAGGAUAUACUGGGCUGUGAAAUUACACAGCUGGAAAGGAAGGGUGCAACAGACAGUGCCGAGCCUUCCAUUCCCGAAGAGGAAAUUUUUGGAGACGUGCUGUGGGAUGCGCACGAUGAACAGGAACAGAUGGAGGCAUUCCAGCAGGCAUCCAGUUCAACUUCAGAGCUAGGAUUUGAGAAAUAUUACGAACGCCUGAAUGACUUGGUGGCAGCCCCAGCACCAAUCCCACCCCUUCUCGUGUCUGGAGGACCAGGCUCAGGAAAAUCUCUCCUUUUGUCAAAAUGGAUUCAGUUGCAACAGAAGCAUUCGCCAAAUACUCUCAUCCUAUAUCAUUUCGUUGGGAAACCUUUGUCUAGCAGUUCAGAGCCUGCGCUGAUUCUCAGACGUCUCACUUUAAAGCUUAUGCAGCAUUCCUGGUCAGUCUCACCUUUGACACUCGAUCCAGUAAAGCUAUUAGAAGAAUUUCCUCGUUGGCUGGAGAAACUUUCUGCUCACCACCAAGGUGGCAUUAUAAUAAUUAUUGACUCUAUUGAUCGGAUCCAGCAAGCUGAAAAGCAUAUGAAAUGGCUGAUUGACCCCCUGCCAGUGAAUGUGAGGGUUGUAGUGUCUGUGAAUGUUGAAACUUGUCCCCCAGCAUGGAGGUUGUGGCCAACCCUUCAUCUCGAUCCACUGAAUGCAAAGGAUGUGAAAUCUCUCAUUAAUGAAGAAUGCAGCUAUGCGGACCUGAAGCUGACAAAAGAACAGGAGAAGAAGCUUGAGAAACAUGGUCAUUCUGUUACAACUUGCAGUGCCCUGUAUGUUACUCUCUUGGGCAGAAUGAUGGCUGGUGCCGGAAGUGCAGAAGACAUCGACGUAAUCCUUCAGAGGUUUUUGCAGUGCCAAGACACAGUGUCGCUGUACAAGCUAGUUCUGAAUUCAGUCGAAGAAUCCUUGAAAAGUGAAAAAGACAAAAACCUCAUGAAAGAGAUACUUUGCCUCAUCAGUGUUAGUCACAACGGAGUCAGCGAAUCAGAACUGAUGGAACUAUGUCCUGCUCUCUCAUGGGAAGUGCUGGCCUCGUUAGUUUACAGUUUGCACAAGAUGUGCUUUUUGACGUACGGCUGUGGCUUGUUAAAGUUUCGGCACCUUCAGGCUUGGGAAACUGUCAAGCUGCAAUACAUGGAAGAAGGUCAGAAUGUUUUUGCUACUUUCAGAGAAAAACUCAUAGACUACUUCACCAUGCAACUAAGCGAAGAGAGAGUGACUUGGAGGAGUGCAGAUGAACUCCCCUGGUUGUUCCAGCAGCAAGGGGACAGGCAAAAGUUGCAGAAGUGCCUGCUGAAUCUCUUUGUGUCUCAGAACCUUUAUAAAAGGGGCCAUUUUGCAGAACUACUGAGUUACUGGCAGCUUCUUGGGAAAGAUAAGAGCUCCAUGGCGGUGGAGUAUUUUAGCUCCCUUAAACUUUACGAGCAAAGCUGCGAGGGGGAAGAAAGCAUGAUCUCUCUGGCUGAUCUUUAUGAGACUCUGGGGCGAUUUCUUAAAGACCUAGGUCUUCUCAGUCAGGCCAUUGCUCCUUUGCAGCGCUCACUGGAGAUUCGGGAGACUGCCCUUGACCCAGACCAUCCCAGAGUUGCCCAGUCACUCCAUCAGUUAGCCGGCGUUUAUGUGCAAUGGAAGAAGUAUGGUAAUGCUGAACAGUUGUAUAAGCAGGCUCUGGAAAUCUCCGAAAAUGCUUACGGGACCGAACAUCUCAGGGUCGCUCGUGAACUUGAUGCUCUCGCAAUGUUGUAUCAGAAACAGAACAAAUACGAACAAGCUGAACAUCUAAGGAAAAAAUCCUUAAAAAUUCAGCAAAAAGCUGUGAGACGUAAAGGAAGCCUGUAUGGAUUUGCUCUUCUUCGCCAACGAGCCCUGCAGCUAGAAGAACUCACUUUGGGAAAAGAUACGUCUGAUAAUGCUCGGACGCUUAACGAGCUCGGAGUUCUCUACUACCUCCAAAAUAAUCUUGAGACAGCAGAGCUUUUCCUCAAACGCUCCCUGGAAAUGAGAGAGCGGGUUCUCGGCUCUGACCACCCAGACUGUGCCCAGUCUUUGAAUAAUCUAGCAGCCCUCAGCAACGAGAAGAAGAACUACGACAAGGCAGAGGAGCUGUACGAAAGGGCCCUGAACAUCAGGAAGCGAGCGCUGGCCCCAGAUCACCCGUCUCUGGCUUACACAGUGAAACACCUUGCUGUGCUCUACAAGAAGAUGGGAAAGCUUGACAAAGCUGUUCCUCUGUAUGAGUUGGCUGUUGAAAUCAGGCAGAAAUCUUUUGGUCCACAGCACCCGAGUGUGGCCACCGCUUUAGUGAACUUAGCAGUUCUUUACUGUCAGAUGAAAAAACACUCUGAAGCCUUGCCUCUUUACGAACGCGCGCUGAAAAUUUAUGAAGACAGCUUUGGGCGGAUGCAUCCUCGUGUAGGAGAAACAUUAAAGAAUUUGGCUGUGCUUAGCUAUGAAGGAGGAGAUUUUGAGAAGGCUGCCGAGCUCUAUAAGAGAGCCAUGGAAAUCAAAGAAGCAGAGACUUUGUUGAUGGGUGGCAAGGCAGCGUCCCGUCAUUCAUCCAGUGGAGACACCCUCAGUUUGAAGAGUGCUUUCUCUCCCAAUGUUUUUUUGCAACAUGGACAAAGGUGAUGACUAGGUAAAAAGGUAAAGGACCCCUGGACGGUGAAGCCCAGUCAAAGGCAACUAUGGGGUGCAGUGCUCAUCUCGCUUUCAGGCCGAGGGAGCCGGCGUUCGUCCAGACAGCUUUCCAGGUCAUGUGGCCAGCAUGACUAAACAGCUUCUGGCGCAAUGGGACACCACAACAGAAACCAGAGCGCAUGGAAAUGCCUUUUACAUUCUCGCCACACCUAUUUAUCUACUUGCACUGGUAUGCUUUUGAACUGCUAGGUUGGCAGGAGCUGGGACAGAACAAUGUGAGCUCACCCCGCCGUGGGGAUUCGAACCGCUUACCUUCCGAUCGGCAAGCCCAGGAGGCUGUGGUUUAGACCACAGCACCACCCGCGUCAAAUGGGUAUGUUUGAAUAAGAGGAUGGCAGUGCCCUGAACACUUUUUUUUCAGUAUUGCUGAAUGUUUUGCAGACUGUUCCACACAGUUAAAAAGUAGUUUUAGUUAUAUUGACACUCCUGUCCUGCAUACAUUACAUGGAUUUAAGUCCCACUGAUUAUAGGGACAGGUACAUAUAUAAUCUAUAAUGCCUUUCUUAGGUGCAGAGUCUUUCCAGCAAGAGAAAGGAGGCCAAGGUGAAACAGUAAAGAUAGAGGUGCAGAAAGAUGGAGGUUCUUGAUUUUAGCAAAAAGCAGGGAGAUGCUUCCUGAUUGGGGCAAAAAGCUAAGUUGCAUGUCUCCCUUAUUUCCAGCCAAGGUGAGUUAUCUUCCACAAAAGGAACAGAAGCUUCCCCUUGUUUUAAACUCACUGAACUCAAACUGUCUUUUGUCCUGCUGUUUACAGAGGAAAGCCAACUUCAAACUGGGUUUUAUGAUGUUCAUUUGUUUCAAUAGACCAUAGUUAAGCUUAACCCAAAAUUUUGAUUUGGACACAACACAAUUGAAAGCGAUUGGCUGCACUAGAGAAGAUAGAGAGUACACAGCCCCAAGGCUUAUUCGUGUUACAUAUUAAUCCUUGACCAGGUAUAAAUGAUUUGUUGGAACUGAGCUGCCAGUCUGUAAUGUGUUUUCCUACCUCUGUUGGAUUUAAUGCGACUCUACAGUCAGAGCUUUUGAUACCAGGCAGAGGGCCUUCUCGGUAGUGGCGCCCACCAUGUGGAAGGCCCUCCCAACACAUGUCAAAGGAAAUAAACAACUAUCUGACUUUUAGGAGACAUCUGAAA